UGUUACAACAACAGUUGCUGACACAACUACAGUGGCUGACGCAACUACGGCAGAUACUACAGCAGCUGAUGCUACAAGUACAGUGGCUGACACAACUACAGCUGAUGAUACAACAACAGUUGCUGGUGCAACAACGGCUGAUGUUACAACAACAGUAGCUGACACAACUACAGUGGCUGACACAACUACGGCAGAUACUACAGCAACUGAUGCUACAACUACAGUGGCUGACACAACUACAGCUGAUGCUACAACAACAGUUGCUGAUGCAACAACGGCUGAUGUUACAACAACAGUAGCUGACACAACUACAGUGGCUGACACAACUACGGCAGAUACUACAGCAGCUGAUGCUACAACAACAGUUGCUGAUGCAACAACGGCUGAUGUUUCAACAACAGUUGCUGACACAACUACAGUGGCUGACACAACUACAGCUGAUGCUACAACAACAGUUGCUGAUGCAACAAUGGCUGAUGUUACAACAACAGUUGCUGACACAACUACAGUGGCUGACGCAACUACGGCAGAUACUACAGUUGCUGAUGCAACAACGGCUGAUGUUACAACAACAGUAGCUGACACAACUACAGUGGCUGACGCAACUACGGCAGAUACUACAGCAGCUGAUGCUACAACUACAGUGGCUGACACAACUACAGCUGAUGCUACAACAACAGUUGCUGAUGCAACAACGGCUGAUGUUACAACAACAGUUGCUGACAUAACUACAGUGGCUGACGCAACUACGGCAG